AUGGAAAAUGUCGACGAAAUCAAAAACGAUAAUAAAUCAGAGGUAUCACAACAAAGUGGCGUGACAUUCGAUGGUACUAGGUACAAUUAUGAAGAUAAAGAUGGAGUAAAAUAUUAUUGGAGUUCUGAAUUAAACAAGUGGGAAAAGUGUACAAACGACUCUACUGAAACUCAAAAUUCCAAAUCAGAAACACCUCAAUAUGGUUUUGAUGGAACUCAUCACACUUACACAGAUCCUAAGGAUAACACAACCUAUAUUUGGGAUGGGGAGAAAAACGCUUGGUUUCCUAAGGUGGAUGAUGAAUUCUUAGCUAAUUAUCAAUUAAAUUAUGGAUUUGUCGAUAACACUACAAAGCCUGAAGACAAAACCGAUAAUGUAACAAAAGAAGAACCUUCUUUAAAGAAAAAAACUCCUCAAGAACCAAGUUGGUUCGAAGUAGAUGAUCAACACUGCACUAAGGUAUAUGUUUCUAAUUUACCUCUAGACAUUACAGAAGAAGAAUUUGUUGCUUUGAUGCAAAAAUGUGGUCUUGUAAUGAAAGAUAUUAAUACAAACAAAUGGAAAAUUAAAUUAUAUACAGAUAAAACAAGUAAUGAAUUAAAGGGUGAUGCUCUAUGUACAUAUAUUAAAAAAGAAUCUGUUGAUUUAGCAUUGAGUGUAUUAGAUGGUUAUGAAUUUAAGGGAAAUAAAAUUUCAGUACAAAGAGCAAAAUUUGAAAUGAAAGGAGAAUAUAAUCCUGCAUUAAAACCCAAGAAAAAAAGACGAAAAGAAAAGGAAAAAGAGAAACGAAUCUUUGACAAGUAA